UUAGGUUGAAUUUACGACCAAAAAUUUGAAGAAGACGCAGUUUAAAGCUCUUUUAAGUGUAUGCCUUGGUACAAUGUAUGGCGACUUAAUUUGAGUCGCAUAAGACACUAGUGUAAAACUAGAUGUGGUUCAUAUGUAUUACUGGGAAUUAUUGAAAGUAAGUGUUCGACUACAAAAACUGUUUCAACCCCCAAGUUUUGAUUCUUUCCGUGGGAAGCAAGUGAAGAAACGACACCAAGAAAUGAAACGCCUCUGAGCAAAUCAGCUGUAUUUUAACGAAUGCUCUAUACUUCGACUAUGUCCCCUAUCGACCAUCAAUUCAUUUACCAGUGCGGUUGAUCAAAAUGAUUUGAAAAACAAAAUCAAGUUUUUACCAGGAUCGACAUUGCCUGAAUGCCAUUGCCAUAUAUUAGCCAAACAUAAGUUUCAAAAAUCGAUAUAUAUUAGCUCAAAUUUCGCUUGUCUUAUGGCAUAUUUUGUUUUCGUGAUGACAAGUAGAAUCUGACAACUUCGUUAAAUAUGUAGGAGAUGGUGUAUUACAUUUACAUGUAGACUUCGUGUCUUGCAGAGAUCAUCUAAUCUAUCGCUAUCGACCGCUCUCGUGCUUUCCUGGUAAUGACAAUAUUGUUUCAGGAAUCCACUUGCCAUGCAACUGUUAUAUCUGGCACACUCAAGUGAUAUUCAAACACGCACAUGUUAGUAAAGUUAAACGUAAUGAGGGUAUGCGUAUUCUGGUGGCUAUGACUGUGUGGUCAACUAUUUCCUAUUCCUGUCUUUAACUUUCAGAAAAGCGAAACGACAUGAGCGAUUAGCAUCUUUAAGCCAGCCAGGCAACAAGGCCUUAAGAAGCGGUGAUCCGAAGCCAAGAAGUACCCCAAAGAUACCAGCGUCCCGACGUCUGUCCGUCUCCGCUUUCAGGAAUACAAUGCAGACUCUAGAAGCACGUUUAGAAUUGCUUCCAAAGUAAUUGAUUUGCGUUGUAAUUUGACUUUUCUCGUCGCUUUUAAUUCGCCGAGACAUCAGAUUUAUUGUCCUUUAUUCAUUUCCUGUGCCAUGAUUACAGGUCAAAGCCUUUUGCAAAAACAUAAUGGAUUAUCAAGACAAGUUAAUUCGUAUAGUAAACCAGUUACGGUUGGUUUUUGAAAUGUCACUGCGUAUAGAAACUAGAUUCGACUAAACAUCGGUGUCUUCUUUGAGGGGGUUAAUCAAAAACGUGAUGUUUUGAGGAAUUCAUUAUCAUUGCAGACGUACAUAUACAACGCACACCCACUCUUUGCUUUGAAAUCAUAUCGAGGGGCUUAGAAGAGAGAGGACAAGAAUAAUCACUGAAGUCACUUUAAGUUUCACGACAAAUGAAAUUCCGGCAAUGCCUUAUAUGGUUGCGACAGACUACGUAACACCUCCACAGUAGGACAAUUUGCCUAGAAGCAGCACACUGAUUGGCGAGUUAAUCAGAAUGAUUCGUGGUACAAAUUCACGACCAAAAGGAGGUGUAAAUCUUUGCUGAAAAGAAUUUGCAGCCUAAAGGAACAAAAUGCAGAAUGCGCAAGCGAACGGACAUGGCGGUGCUAAAUCAAGCUGUUUGCCAUUACGAAUGCACGUCUUCUUCCCAACCAUUAUGUACUACGGUAUUAUCACUACUGGUGGGUUAGUGGCACUUCCGAUCGGCAUUAUUUCGAUGGAGAUGCACGGCAGCUGUCUUCUGUACGGCCAUGUGAAGUGGGUGAAGAACACUACAUUCAUUCCAAUAUUGGACAGACCCGUGCCUUGUCACUUUGUGGUAUCUUUACAGGCGAUUUCAAGCAUCAUAUGGGGUAUUUGUAUGGCAGGAUAUCAUACAUACAGCUUGCUGAUGGAACCAGAGACGACAGCUACCGUCUUGAAGCAAUUGUGUUUCUCCGUUAUCAACAUACCUACUUCACUUUUGAUGCUGGUGGCAGCUUGCGUCACUAGUGACGGCUAUCGGCAUUUCUGUGCCAGUCUGAUGAAGACCUCAAGAAUUGAGAGGUGCGCCGAUGGGGAAAACGACGCAUGGCGACAGAGCUGGUGGUUUAAAACACGAGAGGACAGUUUUACUCCAAAAUUUGCCUAUUACUACCAGAUGGCAGAGGCAGCAAUGUGGGCCAACUUUGGACUGUGGACGAUGCAGGCGCUUUUAUCAACAGUGCCCAUGAUAAUACAGCGCCGCCUUCUGGUUUCAAAACUUAUAGCUGUGAGAUACAAGCGGAGCAUGACUGCACGAAGUUCGCUUACGGGACUGUCAUCAAAUCCGGGCUCACCAAGAAGAAUGAGCACGAUAAGUGAAGUAAAUUACAAAUUUUCAAUACAGGUUGGUGAUCUAGAAGAUAUCGAGGAAUUAUCGUCAGAUGGAGAGUUGCUGGAGUUGCCCGCCAUUUCUAAACGUGACUACAACGAUUCAGUAACCAGUGAAGAUGAGGUACAUCAAAGUUUGAAAUCGGAUCUUAAAACAAAAGAACAUGAAAGUGUGUUUUCACAAGAGCAAUUUGAAAAAGAACCUUGUGAAUGCUCAAGAAGAAAAGCAGGAUUUUUAUAUUGCAACACGUCAACUACACUGGUCAGCAUGGAUGGCUCGCUGCCGGUGGAAGUCAACUCAGACGCUCAGCUUUCUGUCUCCUGCAGUUCUUGCAAUACAAAAGAUUAUACGAAUGAGACACACACGAGGGAUGGGUCUUGCGUUAGUUCCAAGCAUUCGGAAAUAUCUAUCGACAGUGAGAAAGAAAAAAUUAACAAUGUAAUUUGUGCGAGUGGUAAUAUUGAACAGAUCGAAAAUUGCAGUCACUUCUCAAAUACGUUUCCAUCAAUCUCGGAACGAAUGACUAAAAGUGUGGUUGAAUUCACGAUUGGUGAGGAUGGUGAACAAUUGCAAAACGCAAACGAUUCACCUGAAAUAAACGAUAUGUCCUUUGAAUCAAUUACAAAUUGCCGCCUGUACCGCGGGGGCGACACUGACAAACCUGGGUCAUGGCCCAUGCCAAGAAAAGCUUAUCAAAAUUCAAGAUUAUCAGAGAAACGCUAAACACGUCAUUCCGUUCAAUUUCU